AUGGAUUCUAAUUUAUAUGUAAAAUUAUCUCCACAAGGUACUUAAAAGCAUAAAGAGUUGGAGUCCAAAUGUUUGAUGAAGUUUAUAUAUUGGGUAGCCGUAGCCAAUAUAUCAGGUGCACUAGGAGGUUAACUUAUGAUGUAUAUACCUAUGUCAAGCAAAUAAAAAUAGAUGAGAUUUAGAAAUGGAGUAUUCAUAUCUACUGCUCUAUUGUUGAGUUAUCAUGGUUAUAAAUUAUCCAAAAGAGAUUUGAGAAUUGGCUAAAAGGAGAUCAUUCAAAAUAAAGAUUACGUAUUGUCACCAUCUUGAGAUAUAUGUUAUUAGACUAUUAAAACAUAAUUAUUAUUUAU